AUGGCCAAACCCUCAGUCCUCAUCGUGGGUGGUGGUGUCUUCGGCACAUCCACCGCGUACCACAUGUCCCUUCGCGGAUACGACACCGUUACGGUCCUCGACCGUUUCGAUGCUCCAUCCAAGGACUCGGCCGCGACCGACUUGAACAAGGUUGUUCGCGCUGACUAUCCCAAUCCGCUCUAUGCCAAGCUCGGUGACGAGACAAUGCGUGAAUGGACCGACCCCAGGUCCAUCUUCGCAGGCAUGUACCGCGAGACAGGUUGGAUUAUGAGCGGACACAACAUGACGCGGGGUUGGCUCAACAGUGCGCUUGAAACCGCGAAGAAAGCUGGCCGUCAGGGUAUCGAGUUUUUGACGACCGAGGAAAUGAAGCAGAGAUGGCCCUGUCUGACGGGAGAUUUCCCCGAUUGGACUAACCUUUGGAGUCCCGCAGCUGGUUGGGUGCCUUCAGGUCAAGCGCUUCUAAGGAUGGCCAAUGCAGCCAGAGCACAAGGCGUCAAAUACAUCAGUGGUGAAGCGGGACACGUCAAGAAGCUGCUGUAUGACAAUGACGGCACUUGCAGAGGCGCCAUCUCGGCAGAUGGAACCGCUUACACGGCUGAUAUCGUGGUACUGGCCACCGGCGCCAACACAGCGACACUUGUUGAAGCGAAGAAGGAGGUUGUCGCACAAACCUCGGUCAUCUGUGUGAUGAAGCUUGAACCGCAUGAAGUUGAGAAGUUCAAGGACAUUCCGAUCAUUGACGACUUUGAACAAGGCAUCAUCUUCCCACCCGACGAGAAUGGGUUGGUAAAACUCUGCAGCGUCAGGCUGCUUACCAACUAUCGCAACAGACAUGUCGCUGGAGCCUCAGUCCUUCACUCAUUGGCAGACUAUCCCGAUGAUGGGUGCCCGAAGGAGAUUGAGGAUGAGAUGCGAUCGUUCGUCCGAGAGAUGAUCCCCGAGCUGGCCGAUCGACCUUUUAUCUCAACCAAGCUUUGCUGGGAUGGCAUGGCAACAGAUCUCAACUUCAGAGUUUGCCCCUAUCCCAACACCAAGAACCUUUUCGUUGCCACAGUUGGGUCCAACCAUGGCUUCAAGUUCUUACCAAUAAUCGGCAAGUAUGUCAUCGACAUGCUUGAAGGCAACCUGAGCAAGGAUCUGCAAGAGCUAUGGGCGUGGAAGAAUGGAAGAAUUCCCGAAGGCACACAAGAUCCCCAUCCUUGGCCCUUGCGUGAUCUUUCAGAUUUGAAAGGAUGGCGGAGUCGCAACGCUCCUGGUGCCGGAAAGCUUCCGUGGACUUGGAGUCGUUUGUGA